AUGGACAUUUUCAUUAAUGCUGUUGACACCAAUGAGCAUGCUCAAACUUAGAGAAACCUAACAGUUGCAUUUGUUUGAUACUAGAAAAAUUGGAUCUUGAAAAAAUUCAAAUGGCAGCUGAGCCCUUUGGGCGUCAUCAUAAUUGAUUUCCUUCCAAAAUUUGCACCUAAAUCACUAGUGGGUUAAACCCAAACCGUCCAAUCUAUGUUUAAAAAGCACCAAAACCAAAAACCCAUUGGUCAUUCUCUCUUCUCUCUGCCUCCACAGUCUGCAAUACUGUACAAUCUGAACUCCUUGAUUAUGGCAUAGCCCUCUCUCUUUCUCUCUCUGCUCCGUGCUCUCAUGACCAAAACCCCCUCUCUCUCUCUCUCUCUCUGCUCUGUGCUCUCUCUCUCCCUCUCUCUCUCUGACUCUGCUUGCAGAAAAAGCCUAGCCUUACUCUGCUUCCUCGAAACACAGUUUUCAUUUUUCAGAGAAAGCACCAUAAAACGAAGGGAAAAAAAGCUUCCUUUAUUUAUACCCUCACGUUUCUCUCUGCCCUUUUCACCUAUAAACCCUCCGAAAACCCCUGGCCAGUCCACCUGCACUACUCCCUCUCUUCCCAGACCUGGCUCUCCCAACCAUGGAAGCUCUCGCCUUUCUCAAGUUCUGGCGCAAUGUUGGCGCCGGAGCCCCAUCCGCCGGUGCCGUGAAUUUUCCGGCGGCGGAGAUCGACAGCGACGGCGAUGAUGACGAUGAAGGGUCGUUCUUCGAGAUUGAAUUUUCGGUGCCCGGACUAGAUUACGAGCGCCAAGACAAGAAGGGAGAAAGCAAUUGCAGAGAUCCCGUGAUGGGCGGCGGCGAAAAACGCGACAGCGACGCUGGCGGCGGCGGCGGCGACGGCGACGGCGGAAGCGGUAGCGGAAGCGAGCUCUGUUUUGGCGAAUCGAAAGUUAAGGAUCUGUUCUUCAAAAACAGAGUCAUGCCGCUGGAAUCCACCUCGAAGCCUCAGUCUCCGAUGUCGCUGCUAAGAUCCCCGCCGAAAUUUCGCGUCUUCACGAUGGGGCUAAAGCGAUCGAGAUCGCAAAGAACAGAGAAAACGCAGAAAACAGAGCAAAAACCAGAGACGAUUAGCAGUGGGUUAUUGGCUUGGGGCUCGAAUCAUCGGCAAAAGAAACCGAGCAAGCUUUUUACGCUGAAGUUGAAGGUCGAAGAAGGUUCCGUCGUUUCGAUGUUGACCGGAGAAAACAGCUCCAGAGGCUCAUCGGCGGAAUCGAAGAGAUUCUCCAAAGAUGGUGUGCAGAAGUACUUGAAGCUGAUUAAACCUCCGUACGUGAGGGCUUCGAAAAGGUUCAGUGAAAAGGUGAAAUUCUCCGAAACGUCAUCGUUUGCUUCGUCUCUGUCACCUCAGGCGCCGUCGUAUGUGCCGAAGAAGAAGGAAGCAGGGGGAAAUAUUCCGGCGGGACUCAGGGAGGUGUGUAAGCAGUUGGGUAAGAGCCGAUCGGCCUCUGCGUCGGCGACGGCGACGAGCAGGAGAGAUGACUCGUUGAUGCUGCAACAUGAUGGCAUUCAAAGCGCCAUUCAGCACUGCAAGAGAUCAUUUAAUUCCUCUGCAGAUUCUCCUCAAUUAUCGAGAUCCACCAGCCACCCAUGUCCCAAAACAUCAAUGGAAUUAACAAGAAAAUCGACAGAGGAGGCAAAAGUAGGGAAAAUUGCAGAAAUAUGAAGCUCUGUUUUCUGGGUUUUCAGUUUUCACCUUGAGCGAGAAAGAGCGGGAAAAUGCUUUCUGUCGAGAAAGUAAAAAAAAGAAAAAGAAAACAGAAGCAAAGGGAUUCCUUUUUGUUUGAUUGUAAAAUGAAGACUGUAGACAGGAUAGGGCAGUGGGUGAAGAUCACGAGCAGUGAGAAUAGGUUUACUGUUGUUUCUGUAAAGCAAAGCCAAUCGAUCAUCAUGUGAAAUUGAAAAAAAAAAAAAGAAGUUUAAAAACAGGAUUCAGAUC